AUGCUAAAAACAAAAGAAUUUUGCUGGACGGGGGAGGCAUAUGCAGCGUUUACUCAAUUAAAACAAAUAUUGACUUCACCUCAAAUAUUAAUUCCGUACGAUCCAUCACUACCGGUAAUGUUAGCAACAGACGCAAGUCGAACGGGUCUAGAUGCUGUAUUGUCACAUCGUUUAGAAAAUGGAGCAGAGCGGCCAAUAGCUUAUGCAAGUCGAACGAUGACUGUUACGGAACAGCGAUAUACACAAAUUGAUAAAGAGGCACUAGCAAUUGUGUGGGCAGAGCAAAUAUUUUUCAAAUACUUAUAUGUUCGUCAUUGGAUAUUGAUCACGGAUCAUAAACCGUUAUCACAGAUUCUUCAACCUAACAAAUCGCUUCCAGUACUAUGUAUAAGUAGAAUGGCUAACUACGCAGAAUUCGAUUACGAAGUUAUAUACAAAAAUUCAAAAGCAAACGCAAAUGCCGAUUAUUUGUCACGCGCUUCCCUUCAACAAAUAAAUCAAUUGCAACAAACAGUAGCGACUCAUUCAGAUGAAUGUGAUGCGUUCGAUAAUUUCAUGAUUUGCCAGAUAAAUCAGUUGCCUGUUAAAGCAGAACGUAUUGCAAUAGAAACCAGAAAGGACCAGCAUCUCGGCGAGAUAAUCAGAUUACUGGAAAGUGGCCGCUGUUUAAAGAGAGAAUGCUACAAAUCGCCAGAAGCGAGUUACGUGUUAUCAUCAGGGUGCUUGACGUUCGAACAUCGGGUCGUUAUCCCUCCACAUUAUCGACAAAAAUUAAUAGAGAACCUACACACAUCGCACUUAGGAAUGGUGAAGAUGAAGGGCAUUGCUCGUUCUUUUAUAUAUUGGCCAGGAAUAGACAAAGAUAUUGAGAAUAUGGCCAACGAGUGUGAUGGGAAGUGGUUAGAAGUUAAAAUCACAAAAUCUACUACGGCUGCAGAUACAAUUUCGCUUUUGGACGAUGUAUUUGCUGCUUUUGGAGUUCCGCUUAUGGUGGUUUCUGACAAUGGAACGAAUUUUACUUCUGUAGAAUUUAACGAUUUCCUUACAACAGUUGGUGUUAAAUACCAUAAAUAUUUAGCUCCGUAUCAUCCAGCUACUAACGGUCAGGCGGAGCGUAGCGUAAAAACAAUCAAAAAUGCACUAAAGACAAUGGGCACAACAAGCAAGUAUUUAAAGAAAAAUUUGAACGAGUUCCUAAGGCAAUACAAAAAUGCCCCGCAGUCAACUACGGGGUGCUCGCCAGCUCAGUUAUUUUUGAGACGACAUCUGCGAACACGCAUAGAUCUCAUUCGCCCAGAGGAAAUUGCAAAGAAGGUGAAAGAUAAGCAAUACUUGCAGUGUCAAUCUGGUAAUGGGUGUAGGGAGUUCGCACCACGCCAAAGCGUAUACUUCUUAUCGGGCAGUUCGCGAACGCAUAAAUGGCUCAGAAGAACAAUUAAUACACGUUUAGGUGAUCUUCCCUAUGAAAUACUUUUUAAUGAAAAGGAAGUGAAGAGACACGUAAAUCAAAUUCGAAGAGCUGCAAAUAAACCAAUUAGAAAUACACUAGCGACAGAAUAUCGUGAAUCUAAACAUUCGUUUGAAAGCAGCGGUGACAAGACGGAGGACCCGUUUGAAGCAGAAAACAAUGAAGCAACCAUUGAAGGGACUUGA